CGAGUCACUGACUCACCCAAAAAAACCGCAAUGUCACUUCCCUCUUCCAGGCGCCAUUCACUCAGUAACUCGCCCCAAUCCGCCGGGUCGACUCAGGAUCUCCGGCAGCGAGUCAUCACCUGCCUCAACAAACUCUCCGACCGUGACACUCUUUCCGUCGCCGCCGCGGAGCUCGAGUCCAUCGCGCGAACCCUAAGCCAGGACUCCUUCUCCCCUUUCCUCUCCUGCAUUCACAACACCGAUUCCUCUUCCAAAUCGCCUGUUCGUAAACAAUGCGUUCACCUGUUGAACCUUCUCUCGCGCUUCCACGGCGACGCCCUCUCUCCUUUUGUUUCUAAGAUGAUUGCCACAGUCCUCCGCCGCCUGCGCGACCCCGACUCCGCUGUCCGAUCCGCCUGUGUAGACGCCGUCGCCGCCAUGUCGUCGCGGAUAACCCGGCCGCCGUUCUCCGCCGCGUUCAUGAGGCCGCUCAUGGACUGCCUGACGCAGGAGCAGGACGCCAACUCGCAGAUCGGUGCUGCACUGUGCCUUGCGGCGGCGAUCGAGGCGGCGCCGGACCCGGACGUGGAGUCUAUCCGGAGGAGCGCGCUUCCGAGGCUGGGGAAACUAGUGAAGAGCGACGCGUGCAAGUCUAAGGCGGCAUUGCUGGUGCUGAUCGGGAGCGUGGUCGGCGUCGGCGGCGCGUCGAGCAGCGGAGCGGUGAACUGGUUGGUUCCGUGCCUCGUUGAGUUCCUGAGUAGUGAUGAUUGGACGGUGAGAAAAGCUUCGGCGGAAACGCUGGGGAAGGUGGCUUUAAUGGGGAAAGAUUUGACGUCGCAGCAUAAGGUUCUGUGCUUGGAUGCAUUGCAGAAUCGCAGGUUCGAUAAGGUCAAAGUAGUUCGGGAGACUAUGAAUGGUGCGUUAGAGAAGUGGAAGGAGGUAACUGAUGUAUCUGAGGAUGUUCCUACUCCGGCUACGUCCGUACGUGCUUCAGUUGGCCCAGAUGAUGGUAAAGGUCAGUUUGUCACUAAAAGUUCCCCCAAUGUUGGCUCUAAAUCUACUCAAUCAAAGAAAACAGUCCCUGCCAAUAGGUCCCCUCCAUCUGCAGUUUCAGUUGUAUCCUCAAUCAAAAGAGAGAAUCCUCUAAAGAGUAAUGACAAGGAUUCGAGAAUGGGGACAUUGCAUCGGCAGGAUCACGGGGAAUUCUCAGAGGAGAAACUUGAUACUCCAGUAUCAAAUUCCUGCCCCUCAAACAUGUCUAGGGAAGAUGGUAUUAAAACAUGUGAUUUCAAAGUUUCUAAGCCAGCACCAGAACAAAAUGGGAUAAAUUCAAGGGCUGAGAUAAAGCGUGUUCUCUUUGGCAAGAAUUCUGAUGAGAAAUUGCGGAGAUUUGGUGGUUCGAAAUCUCGGGUGGUUCCAUGUUAUGAUGAUGGCAAUCUUGACCCUGAUGUUACAGUCAACAAUGUAAAUGAAGUUUGUGAGAGCCCACAAGAUGUUGAGGAUUUGUCUUUGAUCCGUGAACAACUUUUUCAAAUUGAAAACCAGCAAUCAAAUCUGUUAGACCUUCUCCAGAGAUUUAUCGGAAGCUCCCAAAGCGGGCUGAAUUCUUUGGAGACACGUGUACAUGGCCUAGAGGUGGCCCUGGAUGAAAUAUCAUAUGAUUUGGCAGUAUCAAGUGGCAGGAUUUCCAAUACUGAUGCCACAGAAGACACGUGUUGCAAGCUACCUGGUACUGAUUUUUUGAGUUCUAAAUUCUGGAAGAAGACAGAAGGUCGGUAUUCCCAAUCAAGGUUCUCUUUAGGAAGCAUAGCGUCUACAAAUGCUGUGCAUAAUGCAACUGAUAAAGAUGGAAGCAAAGAAAUAUUAUCUGCAAAGAACAAAAGAUUUCAGCAUGGUAGGGGUGGAUUUUUUAUGAACCCAUUGGCAGAAGUUCAAAGCGAUUUCAAGGGGCAUUUUGGGCAACAUUCAUACAUAAGGCCUGAAAACAUGGUUCAAGACACUGAUAGAGCACAAAGUAACAAUGCCAGCAGAUUUGUUGGCAUUUUACCAACUAGUGAGGCACUGAGGAACCGGAAUAUCAGGUCAUCGGUGUAGUGAAGACAAAAUGUCUCAAUGGGUAUUUUAUUGCAGCAAGCAUCAUACUCACAGAUCACUAAUUUGUAGAUGAACCACGAAAGUCAAUCUUCCUACUUGUUGAUCCAGGUUGCUGUGAAGGAGAGUUGUUAACUUGAAGCAAUUAUUGGUAAAUUAUUAUUUAGAAAAGGCUAUUUUCCACAAAAUUGUCCAUACUGAGGCAGAGUCAGCAGCGUGUGGAUUUGGAAGUAAUGCAGGGCGGAGUUUUCUUGAUGUGUAGCUUAAAUGAAGAAAUGUGAUACGGGCGUAGGUGUUUUUUUGAUAUUUAUCAUAAUUAUAUUUGUCUUUGCUAUCAUCUGUAGAAAAAAAAUUAUGUUGUGCUGUUCAGAAGAAUUCCGAGCCUUCAUCUUAAUUAAAGUAGAGAAAGGAGUGUGCGCAUUAAAAACAAUCAUUUUAAAUGGGAGUGGAUAAUUAUUGCCACAAAAUAUU